UAGAAACCGGUGCAGGCUGAGCGUAGCGGCCACAGAAAUUACACUUGCGUGACCGCAUGGUGGACUCGUCCGAGGACCUUGUGGGGCCGUCCACCUCACCCGUCCCAAAGAACGGAACGGCAGGUAGCGUCGUCUCGUCGUUCGCCGUGGGCGUUUGACCAGGUGAUGGCAACGACCCCUUUCCCUCGCACCGGCCUCGAGCCCUAGACCCAUGACCGAGGCCAAGCAAGCAAGCGGGGCGGGCCCCAGCCGUGUCGGUCAUGGGCCUGUGUACCAGCCCGCCAGGCCCUAGGUCCUGCAGCUCGCCUCUUCCACCUUUGCCCUUUCCAGCUCGGACGACACGUGUCGAGAAUGCUGACAUGGUCAGCCCGACGCCGAUGAUGUGUCAUAUGGCCAAGUUUGCCCGACGCUUCCCGCGCUUUUUCGAACUCGAACGCUCCCCUUUAUCGCCGGAAAGCCGAUGCGGCGGAAUUCGCAUCCGACCGCCUCGUGGUCGCGUACGCCCGUGCGGUCCUCGGCUGGGCUCGUAUUCCAUCCAUCGCCCUGUGGAGGAUCCGCGCGGCCGAUGUGAUCGAGAGCUCGAUGAAGAUGAUUGCUGUAAAUUUCUUCUCGACGUGAUAAUUGGUGUUUGUUGCUGCUGUUUUGUACGGCGAAUGAACGUCUGGUCCAGUUUGUAGUGAAAAUCGUCGUGAGGGUGCAGAAUUUCUAAGUGUAUAUUGAUCCGCUUGAUGAUGAUUGCUGGAUGCGAUAUCUGUGUACGGUCUCUACCCUCAUCAUCUGCGGAUUCUGUGUGGAUCCGGAGUUGGUUUCUUGUCUCAAAAUCUGAAUUCACGCCAAUUCUGGCCGUUGAUAUUGCUGUCGGUUGCUGUCAUGUUUUACACUGUCGGCGUUUCUCAGUCAUGAUUGUAGCUGCUGCCGUUCAGCUAUGGUAGACGUCCGUCGACUGUAGUUUCUGGCUGAAUUUGCUACAUCACAGUCGAGUAGGCGUCGUUGGUGGAAUUUCGAUACUCAUGUUGACGCUGACGACGGAGCUAGGAAUUAGAUGUUGAGAAGGUUGAGUUUGUUAACACUGCUUCUCCUUGGUACACACGCCUACGGUCCAAGCCUUCACAUUCAGCCAUACUGCUAAAUUCCACGUAUUUUAAAGAAGCUACUCAAGUGUCUUCUGAUGAAACAGAGCAUCGACACAUGUGGACUGCCCAAGCUAUGCUUCAAAGAAAUUGAAGCUCUCUACUUCCACUGAUAUCAGGUGCAACGCGGCUUUUUGUUUUUCGGACGAAGAGGUGACCAGCUGCACAAAUAACUGGUUUCAAAGCUUCGAUAGCUUUUCUUACUUUCUCUUGCUUGGCUUUGGGCAAUCUCGAUCGCCACGAUGACCGAAGGGCUUGCGCAUUUGAGCAGGAUGGAUAUUUGUGAGCAAGGUCCCGAUGUAGAGCGCGCAUUUUCUUCGGAUGAGCUUAGCCUUGGAGCUAAUCAAGGCACCCAUGCAGACAAGGUUGUACGCUCCUUGCCAAAUAUCGAUGACGCUUAUCAACCACGAGUUCAGCCGCCCUCAACGGACAAAGUUGUAAUUGCCGUGGAGGUGUGUUUAAAGCCGCGCACAACUGUUCGUCAUGACGAGAUUCGACAAGCCGUCGAAAGGGAUCGAUGCUCCUCACAGAAUGCUGGACAAGAGGAGCUUAACAUAUGAAGAGGGUCCAAUUCUGUUCUGCCAAACAGAUGAACCGUUUCUUUACGAACAUGUUGAAAGCAUCACACUGUCGGAUGAAGAUGGACGGGCGAGUGCAAAUGGAGUACUCCUUUUCUGGCAAGUCACUUUACAAGUACAUGUAUAUCAGUUACACGAGGAGGGACCAUCAGAAGAGCUAGAAGGAAAUGAUUCCAUUGCCAGUUUCCACGAAUGGACGCUGCCUGGAAGAGAGUUUCAUGGUUUGUGGGAAAGCUUGAUAUACGACUCGUCGCUGAAGCAGCAUCUACUACGAUAUGCCCUGUCUGCUCUUCUAUUUUCGGACAGAGGUGUUAAUUCACAUUUAGUAGCUUGGAACCGGGUAGUUCUCUUGCACGGGCCACCUGGUACAGGGAAAACUUCGCUAUGCAAAGCCCUUGCUCAAAAGCUUUCCAUUCAGUUUAGCUACAGGUUUCCUCAGGCUCAGCUAGUCGAGGUGAAUGCGCAUUCUCUAUUUAGCAAGUGGUUCUCUGAAAGCGGGAAGCUGGUCACGAAGCUUUUUCAAAAGAUAGAAGACAUUGUUGAAGAUGGAACAACCUUAGUGUUUGUACUCAUAGAUGAAGCAGAGAGUUUAACUGCCGCCAGACAAGCAGCUUUGUCCGGUUCAGAACCGUCUGACUCAAUAAGGGUUGUCAACGCCUUACUUACUCAGCUAGACCGGCUGAAGCGAUGGCCGAACGUCGUUGUCCUUACAACCUCGAACAUCAGUGCCGCUAUUGAUCUGGCGUUCGUUGAUCGUGCAGACAUCAAAGCCUACGUUGGCCCGCCUUCUCUCGAAGCUCGAUAUGAGAUUCUCAGAUCAUGUUUGAAGGAACUUCAGCGUGUCGGUAUCAUUAAUCAACAGAAGGUCGAACCUUACGAUUCGGAGCUACUCACAUUCAAAAUUCUCUCUUUGAGGAUGAAGGAGCGCACGGAAGAAGCAAGGGUUCUGUUGUCCGUAGACAUUUCUAGAAACUUACUGGCUGUAGCGGAGGCCUGCGAGGGCUUUAGUGGACGGGCCCUACGCAAGCUUCCGUUUCUUGCCCAUGCUUCCAUGGGACCUUUAACUGACUGUGACUACUCCGUUUUCCUAGCCGCCAUGCAUGAAGCUAUCAAGAGAGAACUGUCAGAUAGAGCACUUAUGUAAACAAUAUAUUUGGUACGUAGGAACAAGUUACGUAUGUUGUAUAAACUACUGAGUUUGCGGAAUGGAAGUCCGUCGUUGUAGGACUUUCUUUCAGUUUCGAGUAACUGACAAGUAUGAGCUGGUCAACGGUUUUGGCUUCGCUGAUUAUGACUUAAAUUUUUAUGUGAAUUUUUUCAAUCACACAGCUGAUCCGUUGCGGGGAUAUUGACCUUUGGAUAGGAUUACAAGAUAAUCAUGUCGGUAAGCAUGGACACCAUCAUCUCAAAUAGUUCGUGACUGCUGAUUGUGUCGGUUGUUGCCACAUGGGAGCUGUCGUUAGGACUUCCCUCCUCGCGCAUGGGCCAAGAGUAGUACGUAUUUUAAUAGUUUUUUGGGGGUAACGUUCUCCGAUUGGAGUAAAUUAAUCGAGCAGCGGCAUGCUCAUCGACGAGAUUCCGCUUGACGUUUAUCGCACGAACUGCCACGAACUGACUAUCAGAAGCUCAAGCCUUGCACGUUCUGUUCAUGUCCAAGGGCUUGAAGCUCGUUGGGCCACUUGCUUACAUGUAAGUCGAAUCAGGUAGUCAUCUGGGCCUACAGGGGUUACAAGAUGUCGAUUCAUGUCGGGAUCUGUUCUAGAAGACCCCGUACUGACAUCAAGAGUAUCUGUCUCUUGACAAAAAUACACCCACUAGCCAAUCUGGUCUCCUGCGAGCUCAUCAACAAAUUAGGGGACCCUGUCAAACAAAUGUUUCCGUCGACCUACGUGUAAUUUAACUCUCGCAGUUCGAAGUUUGAGACUCGAUACUACAGUAACCCUUGGUGAAUUGCAGUGGUAGCGUAGCAGUAAUUACAAUCAGUAUCUGUGUGCUGCCAGUUAGGUUGAUUCUGCAGCAGACAAGAGCUUCUUUAUGAGAUCGUCGAUGUCUUGAUGAUUACCUGAAUUCAACCCCUGAUCCACAAGCUUCAGAGAUUUGUCGUCAGAUCAUGAUAAUCUAUUUGACGAGAAUAGACCCACCUGUACUCCUCUUGCUGUUGACUCUCCAGAUGAGCCCCAACGUGUGUCUAACCUGAGUCGUUUAUGAUCAUGUGAUCACCCUCUCUGACUCUUGGUGCGCAGGCAUGGAAGCUGUUUCAGAGGUGAGCUUCAGAAACUGAUGAUCUUUUCGAAAUUCGGAAUUCAUGCUAGUCUGGUCUUUUUACUAACUAACAUUAGGGUUCUCAAGCAGUCAAACUGUGCUCUAGAUUCAAGUUCGCAUCAUGAGUCCUUAUUGCAACAUACUAAGCGAAGUUUACAAUAGUAAGCUGAUUACAAUAAAGAGCCGAUAUUGUAGAUAACUGACCUUACACUUAACCUGACGUUGUUGCAGGUUAGAUUUUGUCUAACCUGCAACAACAAAAUAUUUCUGUUUUCACCCUCCUGCUGCAUUGUAGGGACCCUGAGUAUAUCAGAGUCUGCCAUGCAAGCCUGUCAAACCGAGAUUGUUAACUUGAUUUUUUUCGUUUGUGGGUCAUAACAAUAGAUAAUCGAUUGGGAGAAAAUAAGAGUAGGAAUCUCCUUACAUUGCAGCUGGGAACUGAUGCAAGUUCCUCACGAUAGCCAAAGCAAAUUAGAAUGCUUAUUUGGGAGAAGGAAUCUUGUUGUAGAUCAGACUUUAUCUCUAGGUGCGUUGUACAGAAUUGCUCUGUUUAAUGCUCAUUUAGCAGGUCAGAGUACCAAUCUGUCAAAUCUGUACAGAUUCCAUUGGUCGAGCUGUACUAUUGGAGACGGGGGACGCGAUCAUCGAUGAGAAAUUUCAGACCUGAUCUUUAUCUUGCUUCUUUGAAGGAAUUUUUGCUUUUGGGAUCUAUUACUGUCUCGUGUGUGAAGAUGGUUCAACCUUUCGUCAUGAAGACCAAUAAUGACUACAAUUUAAACCAAGAAAGUCAGCUUGAAGACCUGACUGCCUCCGUAUGAUAUCCAAAAGAUUACCAA